AUGUCUGGUGUUCGCGAGGCUACCCAUGCUGGAAGCUGGUAUACCAGUGAUGGCUCGCAGCUCGCCGCCGAGCUCACAGCCAAUCUAUCCAAGGUCACCCCGCUCUCGGCCCCACCUUAUAAACCCCCUGUUCUGGCUGCCAAGGCUGUCAUUGCGCCGCACGCUGGGUACUCGUAUUCUGGCCCGGCAGCGGCGUGGGCGUAUGCUGCCAUACCCACUGCGAAGAUCAAACGCGUCUUCCUCCUCGGACCCUCGCACCAUGUCCAUCUGAGCGGCGUUGCCUUGUCCAAGUUCGCCUCGUAUGAGACGCCCGUGGGCGACAUUCCCCUCGAUCUACAGACCAUUGCCGAGCUCCGCAGCUCUCGGCUCUUCUCCGACAUGCGCGGCUCGGUCGACGAGGACGAACACUCCCUCGAGAUGCACCUUCCUUACAUCCGUCACAUCUUCCAAGGACGCGACGAUCUCAAGCUCGUGCCCCUCCUCGUCGGGCAACCGUCGUCUAGCCAGCGUGACGCGCUCAACACCCUUCUGGCCAAGUACUGGGCAGACGAGGCGACGUUCUUCGUCAUCAGCAGCGACUUUUGCCACUGGGGCACCCGCUUCUCUCACACACCCUACUAUCCCGGAGCAACGGACCCGUGCCACCCUGUCCCGCCUGUACCAUCCGGAGCCGGGGCGGCGGCCACUGGCUCCUUGCCUAUCACCAAGCGCUACGCUGGCCAGCGACCAGGAGACGCUCCCAUCUGGAAAUCGAUCCAGUUUAUGGACCACGAGGGCAUGGACCUUCUCCGCAAGCCUGCUCGCCAGGGAGCCGUGGAGGAGUGGGAAGCCUAUUUAGCACGCACAAAGAACACAAUCUGCGGUCGUAACCCCAUUACCGUCCUCCUCCACCUGAUCCAGCACGAGUAUGCCGGCAAGCCCGGUGCCGACGACGUCACUUUCGACUUUGUGCGCUACGAGCAGAGCUCAAAGUGCAAGGACGGUCGGGACAGCUCGGUCAGCUACGUCAGCGGUAUCCUUCGCCCGACGGCGUAG